CCGUUUAACAUUGCGGCGAUUGUCAGGAAAUGAAAUCGUAACGAAUAUAACUUAAAACGAAGAGUUAGAAGUCUAUUUGAAACACUAUGGCUCCAAAUGUAUCGAUACCUAUGGAGCGCUACGAGCCCAGCAGUUUUGGUGUAAAUGCUAUUCUAUUAGGCCCACCAGGCUCAGGAAAAGGGACCCAGGCCCCCCUACUACAAAAAAAGUUUUGUGUAUGUCAUUUAUCAACUGGCGACAUGCUACGAGCAGAAAUAGCAUCGGGCUCGAAACUUGGCGCCGAACUAAAAAAAGUAAUGGACGAAGGAAAACUUGUAUCAGAUGAUCUGGUAGUGGAUAUGAUUGAUUCCAAUUUAGAUAAGCCAGAAUGCAAAAACGGAUUUCUUCUUGAUGGCUUUCCAAGAACAGUUGUGCAAGCUGAAAAGCUUGAUACAUUGCUUGAUAAAAGAAGAACGAGCCUGGAUGCUGUAAUUGAGUUUGCUAUAGAUGACAAUCUAUUGGUAAGAAGAAUAACCGGUCGAUUGAUUCAUCAAGCGAGCGGGCGAUCUUAUCACGAAGAGUUUGCACCUCCCAAAGUACAAAUGAAAGACGACAUUACUGGAGAGCCUCUAAUAAAACGAAGUGAUGACAAUGUAGAUGCGCUAAAAAAAAGGCUGGAGGCCUAUCAUAAACAAACCAAGCCAUUGGUUGACUAUUAUGGUUUGAGAGGAUUACAUUUUAAGGUGGAUGCUGCCAAAAAAGCCAGUGAUGUUUUUUCGUCAAUUGACUCUAUAUUCCAACGAAAAUGUAAUUCCAAAAUUCAGCAUUAACGGACUUAAUGCCAAAAUGAAAACUGCCUGUUUGAUUUUGAAAAUGAAACAAUUUUAAUUUCAAUUGUCAUUUUUUU